GCUGAGCAUGCGUAAAUAAACGUGGCGGGACGUAUGUGUCAUGGCGCUCUCCAUCUAAAGUUUGUGCAGCUUCCGGAGAGUGGCGGGUUGAUUCUCUCACUUUGGACUGGUUUUUACUUUCCGACUUCUAGACUCAUCUUUCAAGAGGACUUUAGACUAAUUGCAGAUAAUUAAGAGAAUAUGCCUUCUGCAUCCUGUGAUACACUACUGGGUGACAUAGAAGAUAUUGUGUCUCACGAAGAUUCAAAACCACAAGAUAGGCAUUUUGUAAGAAAGGAUGUUGUUCCGAAGGUACGAAGGCGAAAUACCCAAAAAUAUUUGCAAGAGGAAGAAAACAGUCCACCAAGUGACAGCACUAUUCCAGGCAUACAGAAAAUUUGGAUACGAACAUGGGGUUGUUCUCAUAAUAAUUCAGAUGGAGAAUAUAUGGCUGGACAGCUAGCUGCUUAUGGCUAUAAAAUUACAGAAAAUGCAUCCGAUGCAGAUUUAUGGCUCCUGAACAGUUGCACUGUAAAAAACCCAGCUGAAGACCACUUUAGAAACUCAAUUAAGAAAGCUCAAGAGGAGAACAAGAAAAUCGUACUGGCUGGAUGUGUUCCUCAAGCCCAGCCUCGCCAGGACUACCUUAAGGGACUGAGUAUCAUUGGGGUUCAACAGAUAGACCGUGUGGUAGAAGUUGUGGAGGAAACAAUUAAAGGUCACUCUGUGAGACUGCUGGGUCAGAAAAAGGAUAAUGGAAGGCGGCUGGGGGGAGCACGAUUGGAUUUGCCGAAGAUUAGGAAGAAUCCACUGAUAGAAAUCAUUUCCGUCAAUACUGGGUGUCUCAAUGCUUGUACCUACUGCAAAACUAAACACGCCAGAGGAAAUUUGGCCAGUUAUCCAAUUGAUGAACUAGUAGAUAGAGCCAAACAAUCUUUUCAAGAGGGUGUUUGUGAGAUAUGGUUGACCAGUGAAGACACGGGGGCUUAUGGCAGAGAUAUUGGCACCAAUCUCCCCACACUCCUGUGGAAACUGGUUGAAGUGAUUCCUGAGGGAGCAAUGCUGAGGCUUGGCAUGACAAAUCCGCCCUAUAUUUUAGAGCAUCUGGAGGAAAUGGCAAAAAUCCUUAAUCACCCCAGAGUCUACGCUUUUCUGCACAUACCAGUCCAGUCUGCCUCCGACAGCGUACUCAUGGAAAUGAAAAGAGAAUACUGUGUGGCUGACUUCAAAAGAGUAGUGGAUUUUCUGAAAGAGAAAGUUCCUGGAAUAACUAUUGCUACAGAUAUUAUCUGUGGUUUUCCUGGAGAAACAGAUCAGGAUUUUCAAGAAACAGUGAAACUCGUGGAAGAGUACAAAUUCCCAAGCCUCUUUAUUAAUCAGUUUUACCCAAGACCAGGAACUCCUGCUGCAAAAAUGGAACAAGUUCCAGCACAAGUGAAAAAGCAAAGGACAAAAGAUCUUUCUCGGGUAUUUCAUUCUUACAGUCCAUAUAAUCACAAGAUUGGUGAAAGACAGCAAGUGUUAGUAACAGAAGAGUCUUUUGAUUCCAAGUUUUAUGUUGCACACAAUCGAUUCUAUGAGCAGGUUUUAGUGCCAAAGAACCCUGCGUUCAUGGGGAAAAUGGUUGAAGUGGACAUCUGGGAAUCAGGCAAACAUUUUAUGAAAGGGCAGCCGGUGUCUGAUGCCAAAGUGUACACACCCUCCAUCAGCAAACCUCUAGCAAAGGGAGAAGUCUCAGGUUUGACAAAGGACUUCAGAAAUGGGCUUGGGAGUUCAGGAUCCCACACCUCUGCUGCAUCUCAGUGUGACUCAGCGAGUUCUAGAAUGGUGCUGCCCAUGCCAAGGCUACAUCAAGACUGCGCACUGAGGAUGUCCGUGGGCUUGGCUCUGCUGGCUCUUCUUUUUGCUUUUUUUGUCAAGGUCUAUAAUUAGAAUACAACUAAAUGAAACAUCUGUAAAGAAGAAUACAUUUCUAAUUAAAAUCUUCAAUGAACAGGAAAGC